AAGCUCCCUCUGGAGUCGGAGCCUGCCUUAGCUCGUCCUUACUAUCUUCCGCAUAUCUGUGAUAUCUCUUUCAUGCUCUUCGUUCCUUUUUCUUAACUUUGGAUACUGUCCCUUUCUUCCCCUCCUUCUCUAUAGUCUUUCCCCACCCAUUGGCGCCAAAAUGCCACCCAAAUCCAGGAACGCCCUGGAGGUCCAGCCUCCAGCGAAGUCUUCCCGCUCCUCGAGUCGUUCUCCGAGACCGAAAAACCGCAAGGAAGCACCCCCACAGACGCUGAGCUAUGGAUCGGAUGGCGUCAAGGACUAUAACAUAUUCAACCUUCCCACUUCCGACUACAAGCUCCUUGUUCUUGUCACCUUGAUCGCUGCCGCGGUUCGUCUGUUCAGAAUCUAUCAGCCGACGAGCGUCGUCUUCGAUGAAGUCCAUUUCGGUGGCUUUGCAUCGAAAUAUAUCAAGGGCCGCUUUUUCAUGGAUGUUCAUCCCCCUCUGGCGAAGCUUCUCAUCACACUUGCGGGCUGGUUGGCUGGAUUCAAUGGCGAUUUCGAUUUCAAGGAAAUUGGAAAGGACUACCUGGAACCAGGAGUUCCAUAUGUGGCCAUGCGAAUGCUUCCCGCGAUUCUCGGUGUGCUUACGGUGUCCUUAAUGUUUUUGACUUUGAAAGCAUCGGGAUGCCGCACGUCGACUGCUGUGCUGGGAGCUGGUGUGGUGAUCUUCGAGAAUGCCCUGGUCACUCAGUCUCGCCUAAUCCUCUUGGACUCCCCGUUGGUGUUCUUCACUGCUCUCACGGCCAUGUCGUUUACCUCUUUCACGAAUCAGCAGGAACUGGGCCCGUCGCAUGCCUUCCGUGGACCCUGGUGGUUCUGGUUGGUGGCCAGUGGCGUUUGUCUAGGCGCUACUUUGAGUGUCAAGUGGGUGGGCCUUUUCACGGUUGCUUGGGUUGGCUCUCUGACCAUCCUUCAACUGUGGGUUCUCCUCGGUGACACGAAGAACGUCACACCGCGUUUGUGGUUCAAGCACUUCUUUGCUCGAUUCUUCUGUCUUAUCAUUAUUCCAUUGGGCUUCUACUGUGGAAUGUUCGCAAUCCAUUUCCUGUGCUUGGUAAACCCAGGAGAAGGUGAUGGAUUCAUGUCAUCUGAGUUCCAGGCUACACUAAAUUCCAAAGCGAUGCAAGCCGUUCCCGCUGACGUCGUGUUCGGUUCCCGUAUCUCUAUCCGUCACCACAAUACGCAGGGUGGCUACCUUCAUUCUCACAACCACAUGUACCCAACGGGAAGUAAGCAACAGCAGGUCACACUCUAUCCUCAUAAGGAUGAAAACAACAUUUUCAUUGCUGAGAAUCAAACUCAGCCCCUUGGUCCUGAUGGAGAAAUCGAGGGUCCAUUGGCUUGGGAUAACAUCACUACCGAGUAUAUUGAAGAUGGUGCUGUCAUUAGAUUGAACCACUUGAUGACUCGCAGAAGAAUUCAUUCCCACGAUGAGCGGCCCCCCGUGACAGAUGUGGAUUGGCAAUUCGAGGUGUCCGCCUAUGGCUUCGACGGCUUCGCUGGCGAUGCAAAUGAUAUGUUCCGCGUUGAAAUUGUCAAGUCGAUGUCAGAGGGUGAAGAAGCGAAGAAGCGCCUGCGGACGAUUCAGUCCAAAUUCAAGUUGGUACACGUUAUGACUGGCUGUGUCUUGUUCUCCCACAAAGUCAAGCUUCCUGACUGGGGUUGGGAACAGCAAGAGGUGACCUGCGCGAAAGGAGGCACUCUGCCCAACAGUGUUUGGUACAUCGAGUCUAACAGUCACCCGAUGCUGCCCGAGGAUGCGGAGAAGGUCACGUACCGGAACCCCGGGUUUUUGGGUAAGUUUUGGGAGCUUCAGAAGGUGAUGUGGACUACCAACGCUGGAUUGACCGAAUCCCAUGCUUGGGAUUCACGCCCCCCGUCGUGGCCUACGCUGCUCCGCGGCAUCAACUUCUGGGGUAGAGAUCAUCGUCAAAUUUAUCUCCUUGGUAACCCACUUAUCUGGUGGUCGUCGACCUUGGCCAUUGGCAUAUACGUACUGUUCAAGGGCAUUUCCAUUCUUCGCUGGCAACGUAAUUGUGGUGACUAUCGCAACGUCAAUUUCAAGAGAUUCGACUACGAAGUUGGCACCAGUGUCCUCGGAUGGGCCUUCCACUAUUUCCCCUUCUAUCUCAUGGCCCGGCAGCUCUUUCUCCAUCAUUAUCUUCCAGCGCUUUACUUUGCCAUAAUCACCUUAUGCCAAGAAUUUGACUUCUUUGCUAAUCGUAUCCAAUCUCUUGGUCUACCAUCCAAACCCGCCAUUGGCAAGGCGUUGGCUGGGAUUUUCUUGGCUAUGAGCAUCUUUACCUUCACUCUCUACUCUCCUUUGGUCUAUGGCAAUCCCUGGACCCAAGAUGCUUGCCGCAAGGUGAAACUUUUGGAUACCUGGGACUUUGACUGCAACACUUUCCAUACUGACCUUGGCCAAUAUGUGACUCGCUUUUCAAGCACCAAUGGCGCUGUACCAACUGCGCAGGCUGCUCCUUCUGAGGCUCCUGUAGCCCCCCCACCGCAGCAAAACGAACGAGUACUUCAGGAAGAAGUGCAGGACGCUAGUGUCACCCCGGAGCCUGAGCCCCGCCGUGCUAAGGCGCGGGUUGAAUACCGUGAUCAAGAUGGUAAUGUUCUGGACGAGGCUCUUGUCGCUGCCUUAGCAAAGGAGGGCAAAGUAUCCUUUGAGACACGCCAUGAGACUCGGACCCUGCUGGCAAAUGGCCAUGAGGUCGAGAUGGUCAAUGGUCAAGUUGCCCCACCGCACCCGGACGUUGAAGGUCAGAAUCCUGAGACACUUGGGAAACAGGAACAACAGGCUGUAGAUGAUGGCCCGGCCUCGGCCACUGGAGGAAGCUCUGUGGGGGAGCCAAAUUCUCCCGAAGCAAAACCCGCCAGCGAAGGGAACGAGGCGACCAACUAACCUGCUAGGAGAACAGAAUCGAGUAAUCUUUGGUUUUGCAUCCUCCUGCUGCGAAAUUUUUCUUUUAUGUUGCUUUAACACAUGUCAAUCUUGGCAAUCCUCUUCUCCUGUACUUCCUUUCCGAAGACUAAUUUUUUUUACUUCCUUUGAUCUAACGAAAUGCGACCUUGUACAUGACUACUUUCCACUGGGUCUGUGCCCUACCGUAUAUCAUUUACACCCCAGAAGCCCCUGAUUGUAAUGCAAUAAAAGCAAUCUCCAAUUGAUUCCUCAAAAUGUACGAUGCACAACGCUUCUCUACUCUUCAAAGCGAUUUUAGUAUACAGCGACCGGUGCCUCUCAACCUUUACC